UAAUCUAUGAAGUUUCUGACAAUGAUAAAAUCAUUGAAGAGCUUGUUGAAUUAUAUAAAAAACUAUUAGAAGUACAAGAUAAUAAUUACAAAGAUGAUGAUGAUAGCACUGAACCUUUAAUC